ACUGUAUCAGGAUUAACUGUACCGCCAGUAAGGGUCCAGAGACCAUCUUUGCAGGGCUGGGGCUGAAUGAUAAUGAGUGGCACACUGUCAGAGUGGUGCGACGCGGGAAAAGCCUCAAACUCACCGUCGACGACCUGCAAUCUGUAGAAGGUCAGAUGGCAGGCGACCACCAGCUGGAGUUCCACAACGUGGAGACAGGCAUUGUGACGGAGAAGCGCUUCAUGCCUGCUGUGCCUUCCAACUUCAUAGGGCACCUGCAGGGCCUCACCCUCAACGGCAUGCCCUAUGUAGACCUCUGUAAGAACGGUGACAUCGACUAUUGCGAGCUGAACGCUGUGAUUGGUUAUAAGAGCAUCGUGGCGGACCCGGUGACGUUCAGGUCMCGGUCGAGCUACGUGACCCUGCCAACGCUCCAGGCCUACUACUCCAUGCACCUGUUCUUCCAAUUCAAAACCACCUCCCCUGACGGACUCGUACUCUACAACAGAGGAGACGGAAACGACUUCAUAGUGGUGGAGCUGGUCAAAGGCUACCUCCACUAUGUGUCCGACCUGGGGAACGGAGCUCACCUGAUCAAAGGGAACUCCAACUCUCCUCUGAAUGACAACCACUGGCACAACGUCCUCAUAUCCAGAGACACCAACAACCUGCACACUGUUAAGAUAGACACCAAGGUCACUACACAGACCACUAUGGGGGCCAAGAACCUGGAUCUCAAAGGUGACCUGUACGUAGGGGGCGUGGCUAAAGAGAUGUACCGUGACCUUCCCAAGCUCGUCCACUCCCGCGAAGGCUUCCAGGGUUGCCUAGCAACCGUCGACCUCAACGGCCGAUUACCCGACCUGCUGGCCGACGCCCUUGCUACGACCGGACAGGUGGAGAGGGGCUGUGAAGGUCCCAGUACUACCUGUCAGGAAGACUCCUGCGCCAGUCAGGGCGUGUGUUUACAGCAGUGGGAGGGAUUUAGCUGUGAUUGCAGUAUGACAUCAUUUGGGGGACCGCUCUGCAAUGACGCGGGGACCACUUAUAUCUUUGGUCGUGACGGGGGUGUGAUCGUGUACACCUGGCCUCCUAACGAGAGACCCAGCACACGGGCUGACCGGCUGGCGCUGGGCUUCAGCACACAGCAGAAACACGCUACUCUGCUACGGGUUGACAGCGCCUCGGGACUGGGGGACUACCUACAGCUACAGAUAGAUAAAGGAAAUAUUCGGGUAGUGUUUAACGUGGGGACAGAUGACAUCAACAUUGAAGAGACUGCUAAAUUCGUUAAUGAUGGGAAGUACCACAUAGUUCGGUUUACCCGCAGCGGAGGCAACGCAACCCUGCAGCUGGACGACCUGCCAAUCAUAGAGCGCUACCCCUCAGGCAACAUUGAUAACGAGCGCCUGGCAAUCGCUAGACAGAGAAUCCCCUAUCGGCUCGGUCGAAUAGUUGACGAUUGGCUACUCGACAAAGGCCGCCAGCUGACCAUCUUCAACAGCCAGACGACGGUGACGGUGGGAAGAGGAAAGGAAGCAGGUCAGUUCCAGGGUCAGAUGGCCGGUCUCUACUACAACGGACUGAAGAUACUCAACAUGGCCGCCGAGGGACACGCCCACAUCCGCCUGGAGGGCAGCACACGAUUGGUUGGGGACAUGCCCUCCUCCUCCAUCACGCCCCAAUCCAGCGCUGCCGCCGGGGGCAACCGAUUAGAUCCCGCCGCCAAUGCCGGCGACAUCACCACGACAACCGUCACAAAUAAGAAGCAAGGAGGAGGAAGUACGCAGCAGUCGACAGACGACCUGCUGGUGGCAUCAGCUGAGUGGCCCAGUGAUGACGAGGACAUUGACCCCUGCGAUCACAGAUCAGCCCACCCCCCUCUCCCGGAGGUCAAGCCGUUCCCGGGGACGUCGGAGGUGGUGAGGGAGUCCAGCAGCACCACGGGCAUGGUGGUGGGCAUCGUGGCGGCCGCCGCCCUCUGCAUCCUCAUCCUGCUCUACGCCAUGUACAAGUACCGCAACCGCGACGAGGGCUCGUACCACGUGGACGAGAGCCGCAACUACAUCAGUAACUCUGCCACCCAGCCUAACGGCAGCACCAAGGACAAGCCGCUGGGCAUCGCCAAGAUCUCCAAGAACAAGAACAACAAAGACAAGGAAUACUACGUGUGAGGAGAGGAGGAACUAACUAAUAUAUACAGCAGUGGAGGCUGCUGAGGGGAGGACGGCUCAUAAUAAUGGUUGGAAUGGAAUAAAUGGACUGGUAUGAAUAACAUCAAAGACGUGGUUUCCAUGUGGUUGAUACCACUCCAUUGACUCCACUCCAUUGACUCCACUCCAUUGACUCCAUUCCAGACACAUUUUUGAGCCGUCCUCCCCUCAGCGGCCUCCACUGACAUAUAGACAUAUACACGUAUACACACAUACAAGAGGACAUGCUCUGAUACACACACUUACACAAACACACACACACACAGAAAAUUACACACACACACRCACAGAGUGAGACGGAGAGACUGUCAUGAGGGCAGAGGCCCAUGCUGUACAGUAAUAGCCACUCACCACAGCCUCUCUGUGUUCAACCAGAAUAUAGCAAGCAGAUAGUAAAGGACCAGUAAAGAGCAAUUAUUUUAAAGGA